AUGUGUAAUCAUCCUUCAUUAUCAUUCUACCCCCAGAGUAUUGGAUUUUCAGAUGUUCUUAAGAGCGCAUCUCACGUUGAUGAAACUAUGCUCCAUAGUUUGCAGGAACGUUUAGGAGAAACCAGUUCUCAAAGUGUGGUUGUUGCUGUAGACAGAAUAUUCCAAGGUUCCUCAAAGCUUGAUGGCGACGCUGUUGUGCAUUUCGUAAAAGCAUUAUGUUCUGUGUCACGCGAAGAAUUGUCUACAGCUGGGAAUCCUAGAAUGUUUAUGCUUCAAAAAAUUGUGGAAAUUUCUUUUUAUAAUAUGGGCAGAAUCAGGCUUCAGUGGUCAAGAAUAUGGACAGUACUCGGGGAGCAUUUUAACAAGGCAGGUUGUAAUACUAAUGAAUUCGUCGCUCAUUUUGCUGUGGAUGCGCUCCGCCAGUUGUCAAUGAAGUUUUUAGAACGUGGUGAAUUGCACAACUUCCGUUUCCAAAAAGACUUCUUAAGGCCAUUCGAAAUAAUUAUGAAUAAGAAUCGGUCUUUGAAAUGCCGUGAGCUAGUUGUAGCAUGCAUGACUCAUAUGGUAAACUCGCAUUGGAAUAAGAUUAUUUCUGGAUGGAAAAAUGUUUUUUCUGUUUUUACUAUGGCUGCUGGCAGUAACGACGAAGAUAUCGUUGAAAGCGCUUUUGCUACGACCAAUUUUAUAAUAACUGUUGUUUUUGCUUCUGAAUUUGGAAAUGCUCUCGACUCUUUCCAAGAUGCUAUCAAAUGCCUUUCUGAGUUUGCUUGCAACUCAAACUUUCCUGAUAUUUCAAUGGAAGCUAUUCGUUUAAUACGUCUCUGCGCUUCCUACGUAUCACAGAACCAAGAGCUGAUUAUUGACCAUCAGUGGGAAGAUGGUGCUUCAAUUCAAGCUACACAAAGAGUUUUCCUGCGAGGGUGGUUCCCUAUAAUGUUUGAAUUGUCAUGCAUUAUUGGAAGGUGUAAACUUGACGUACGCACCAGAAGCCUGACCGUGAUGUUCGAGAUAAUGAAGACAUAUGGAAGUGAAUUCAAGAAUGAGUGGUGGAAAGACAUUUUUCAAGUCGCAUUUCGUAUCUUUGACGUUAUGAAACUUGCUGAAGAGCACAAUGAGAAGAAGGAGUGGAUGAGGACCACGUGUAAUCAUGCGUUGUAUGCUGUUGUUGAUGUUUUCACUCAGUACUAUCCCGUUCUUUCUACUAUUUUACUCGAUAGUAUUUACGAUCAGUUAAAAUGGUGUGCAAAGCAAGAAGACGAACAGUUAGCUCGGUCGGCUAUCAAUUGUUUGGAAAACCUCGUUCUUCUAAAUGGAUCACGUUUUACUAAUGGCAUGUGGACAAUGUCUGUGGAUUUAAUAAGAGAUAUUUUUGAUUCGACUUUACCGCAUUCGUAA